AUGUAUAUUCAUACUAGAUUAUUAUAUACUUAUUUUACAAUGACAACAUUUCUAUUUCAAUUAUCGCGGCAACAUCCUUCUCUGUUAUUAUCAUCAUCAUCAUCAAAACAACAACAACAUGAGAAUGAUUAUGAUAAUCCUAGUGAAGAUGGAAAUGAAAUUGAUUCAGAAAAUAUAUCAGCAAAUAGUGGUCAAUCAGCAAAAUUUGUUUGUGAUUUACCUGAAAAAUAUUCCGGAAAAAGAGCUGAUUUUUAUGGUCCCUAUGGUCGUUUAAUAGACGAUUCAAAUGGUGGUGAUUCAUGGUUACCUAAUCGUUAUGUGACUGAACGUACUUAUGCUUGGACAUAUACGAUUAAUAUUAAUGAAGUAACAGAAGAUGAUGUCGGCGAAUAUUUGUGUAAAGUUGGUGAACAUGUGAUACGAAAAUUUAAUUUAACAGUUUUGACACCACCUAAAAUAUUUGAUAUUAACAUUGAACCAAAAGAUGUCCUAGAAGGACAACAAGUUAUAUUAAGAUGUCAAGCACAAGGAGUUCCAAGUCCAACUGUUAUGUGGCAUAUUCCAAGGCGAUCAAUAGAUCAGAGAAAUAUAAUUGCCUAUAAACAUCAAUUACUUAUUCGAAAUUUUACACGUUUAACGCCAAAUGAUUUUGAAUGCAUUGCAGAUAAUUCAAUUCCACCACGUGAUACAAAAACUGUUAAAUUAUUACCCACAAUAUCUCCUGAGAUUAAUAUUCAAUAUUAUUUAUCACAAACUACACGACAAGGCGUACCAAGUCUUUUUCUUAAUUGUACAAUUGUUGCUAAUCCACUAUUACAUGCAAGAUGGAAAAAAAAUCGACAAGACAUUCAUCAACAACAAUCAAAUACAUUUAAAAUUCAUCGAAAAAUUGUUAAUGAUAUACAAUCAAACAUACUUCUAAUUGUCAAAUCUGAUAAUGUUAGUGAUCUCUAUGGCAUAUAUGAAUGUGAAGCUGAAAAUUAUUUAAAAACAACAAAAUCUUUUAUCAUUAUUGAUGAAACAAUUUUAAUUAACUUAACAAAUGUUCAACCGACAAAAUAUCAAAAUAAUCGUCACAUCUAUCAUCCAUCAUCGAGUAGUAGUGGUUCAACAACAGAAUCUUAUGUUGCACAAUGUAUAUGA